UAUAAUGUGACACAAGGUUGAAAGUUGAAGGGGAACAUGGCAGCUGGCAUCAGUAUUAAACAAGGGUUGCUAAGCAGUAAAAUCUCGCUUCAUCACGCUCUUCACAGGAAAAUAUCACCCAACAGUGUGUGUAUACAGAGAGCGGCUGAGAUACAGAGUGUGAGAGCGGCGACCAGCGCGACUGUCGAUUCACAAGACAAUGAAAAGUACUGUCUGGAGCUGGUCAGGUCCAGAGACUAUGACGGCUUCGUGUCCUCCCUCCUCCUCCCAGAGGAGGCACGGCGCUCCUCUUUGGCUCUGAGAGCCUUUAAUGUGGAGCUGGCACAGGUGAAGGACUCAGUUUCCCAGAAGACCAUUGGUCUGAUGCGGAUGCAGUUCUGGAAGACAGCCGUAGAGGAAAUCUACAGAGAUGAUCCUCCGAACCAGCCGGUCGCCGCCGAGCUGUGGAGGGUGAGGAAACAUUACCUGACGAAGAGAUGGCUGCUGAAGAUCAUAACAGAAAGAGAGAAGGACCUGGAUGACAGAGCGUACAGGAACCUUCAGGAGCUGGAGGCGUACUCAGAGAACACACAGUCCUCCUUAAUAUACCUGCUGCUGGAGUGUUUAGGUUUGAAAAACGUCCACGCCGACCACGCCGCGAGUCACAUCGGUAAAGCUCAGGGAAUCGUCACGUGUCUGAGAGCGACUCCUUAUCACAGCAGGAGACGGAAAGUCUACCUGCCCAUGGACAUCUGCAUGCUGCAUGGAGCCUCUCAGGAGGACUUCAUCCGCGGCAGCCGGGAGCCGAACGUCCGGGACGUCGUGUACGACAUCGCCAGUCAGGCCCACGUACAUCUACAACACGCGCGAUCAUUUAGCCACAAUGUUCCAGCAGCUGCCACUCCGGCCUUCCUUCAGACAGUGGUGUUGGAGGACUACCUGCAGAGAGUGAGGAAGGCCGAUUUCGAUGUUUUCCACCCCAGUCUGCAGAACAGAAACCCCCUCAUCCCCAUCCAGCUGUACUUCCGCUCCUGGAAGAAGACCUACUGAUGCCAGUCCUCCAUCCUCCCUCACCUCACCCACCUCCUCCCCCCUUAUCCAGUGAUUCCAGUUUGAAUGACACCUCCGACACCUGCAGGACUGGAGUCCAGAGGCGACGUCACCUCUCUGGGGGAUUCAGCCUGGAGAACACAGUCUAUAAAGGAAUCCAGACUUGUUUGAACCUCAACACUGCCACUGACGUCUGUUUCUUUAUUAAAACACCACAGACACCGA